AUGGCAGAGGUGACAGGGGAAAAGCCUAGGAAAUCCUUUCGGUCGUUCAUAUGGGAUACGGACACCCAUUUGAAGAGCCCGGAAGAGAGGAGACUCCUUCGAAAGCUAGAUGCCUCAAUUUUGAGUAUUGGAUGUUUCGGAUUCUUCCUCAAAUACUUGGAUCAGAACAAUAUCACAAAUGCCUACGUCAGCGGAAUGCAAGAAGAUCUGCAGAUGUACGGGAAUGAAUACACAUAUGCACAAACAGCUUACACCUGCGCUUAUGCUGUCAUGCAAAUCCCCAGCACCUUGAUCAUCCAACGUAUUCGACCCAGCUGGUGGUUGGCUUUGAUGGAGAUCGCUUGGGGCAGUUUCACCUUCGCCCAGGCUGGACUUCGUAACCAUACUCAGCUUUACGUCUUCCGAUUCAUGAUUGGGUUCUUCGAAAGUUCGUGGUUUCCAUGUAUGCUCUUUGUCCUCGGCAGUUGGUAUACGAAGACCGAAUUAGCCAAGCGAGUUGCCAUUCUGCACAUGACAGCACCCAUUGGAACUGCCUUCAGCGGCUAUCUUCAAGCAGCAGUCUACAACAAUCUUGAUGGUGUGCACGGCAUGGCUGGUUGGCGAUGGCUUUACAUCAUCUGCGGCGUGAUGACCGUACCCGUUGGAAUAAUUACCUUCUUCUUCUUCCCGGAUACACCGCAUAAGACCACUGCUUUCUUCUUGACAAAACAGGAAAGAGAACUCGGACUUGAAAGAGUCCGUAAAGCAGGGAAGGCCGCACCAGCAGCUCUGGAUUUCCGUCGGAUCGGACAGAUUCUUAAAGGGUGGCGAUGGUGGCUAUUGGUCCUUGGUUAUGUACUAUACGGCACGAGUUGCCAAAACAGCAGCUAUUUCGCUAUCUGGCUGAAGGCCGAAGGCUUCUCUGUGGCCUCUAGGAAUAUCAUUCCUACAGGCACAAGUCUCAUUUCGGGAUUUUGUGUAGUACUGUGGGGUUUCCUAUCCGAUUACACCGGCUCUCGUUUUGCCUUCGUUGUAGGGCCUCUUAUCUAUGGUCUCUUGCCAACCGGUAUACUAGCCUUCUGGCCCGCAAGUGUACAGUUCAAGGAGUUCGCAUUCCUUACAGGUGGUGUGCAACUGAUGACAGCUAUUUUUUACACAUGGGCAAAUGAGAUAUGUGCGGAUAACAACGAGGAGCGAGCGUUGGUUGUGAGCUCGAUGAACGGCUUCCAAUACGCUGUGGCAGCUUGGCUUCCCAUUUUGAUCUUCCCGCAAACCGAGGCGCCGACCUUCCGUAAAGGCUUCCCCUCAACAUUCGGCUUCGUGAUUGCAGCCAUUAUCUGUGUCUGCACAAUACAAUGGUUCGCUUUGAGAGAAAACAAGAAGCGGGCUGCGGCCCAGUCUGUAGAGGACCCGAGCGUCGAUGGUUCAGUUGCUGGUAGUGACGCUGAAAAGUCUGGCUUCCCGGAUACGAAAGCAAAGGAACUGGGACCCGCGAUCCCGGCUACUGUCUAG